GGUCUAGGCUCCGAAUAGGGAGGUCGGGUCCAAUCCAUGUUGCUUAAACAGCAACUUGGCUCAAUCCGCCUUGGCUUUCAAAGAUUGCUACUUUCUUUGACUCGAAAUGCAUUCAUUGUGCUAAUAGCCCUUCAACAAGCAUACAUCGUCUGCACAACUCUUUCGAUAUAUAUUGGAAGACGAUGGCACCACCGGACUAUUUAUCCACGCUACCCCCAGCCGAACCCCCAGCAUCCCCAUUCGAUCCCAGCGCGACCCCCAGCGAUGACUCCUGCCCCUUCUGCCUGAUCGCGAGCAAAUACCCUCCAUUCGAUCCCACAAAGCCGCCCAAUCAAUCGGCCCGCUCGCUGGACCCUGACGCGACGUCGCCCGCGCCGUCGGCCUUCGUCGUCCUCUCGACCCCGCUCCUGGUAGCCUUCCUCGACAUCCUGCCCCUCUCCACCGGCCACGUCCUGCUGUGUCCCCGGUCGCACCGCCCGAAGCUGACCGACGCGACGCCCGCCGAGUCCAAGGCGCUGGGCUACCACCUCCGCAUCCUCUCGUCGGCCGUGACCAGGGCGACGGGGGUCGGGGACUGGAACAUCGUGCAGAACAACGGCGCGGCAGCGGCCCAGGUCGUCCACCACAUGCACUUCCAUGUCAUCCCGCGGCCGGAGCUGAACGUGAGGAACGGCGGGAAGGGGAGGGAGCGGUUCACCAGCACAAUGUUUGGGCGGGGCGCGAGAGAGGAGCUGGACGAGGAGGAGGGGGCUGUGCUCGCCGGGAAGAUCAGAGCGGCCAUCGCGGAGCUACUUCUCGAGGAAAAGCCCAGGCUUUGAAGCACCCCUUCCCCCCAGGUACCAACCGUCACUCAGUCUCAGCAAACCCAACGGGAACAUUCAGCAAUGAUUUGAGGGCCACAUCUAAGUUUGCGCCUAUCUAAUGCCACCAGGGCCUAUCUUUUGUUGUUUGAAAGCAUCUAUUUGCCGAGUCCCAAGCUCAUUCGUCGUCACCGAAGAAAACCUUGACGGGCAACCACGAGUCGCCGCAGACCUUGAAGCGCUCCUGGAUGCUGUCGAUCUUCUUGACGUCCUCGUCGGUCAGAU